AUGGGUGCCGUCGUCUCAUGCAUCGAGUCCAUCUGCCGGACCAUCGGCUCUGUUCUAAUGGCCAUUGUCAACGGCAUCGGAGCCAUCCUCACUGCCAUUAUUAACGGCAUUGUCUCCUUCUUUGACAUUAUCAUCUCAUGCCUCACCUGCGGUCACAGCAGUCGGAGACAUCGUACAACGCGUUCAACGCAUACAACGAGUAGGAUUUAG